AUGUCUAUUAGUGUAUUCUUAUUGAUAAAAUCAAUAUACUUUUUAUAUUUUUUAUUUUUUUUCAACAAAUUUACUUCCCAUUCCUUUAUAAACUUUGGCUACUUUGGUCGAAAGUUAGAUUCCUUCAUUUUAUAUGGUAAUUUGCGCACUUGCAAGAAAUUAAAACGGACCCAUUCUGGCAGAAAAGCUCUUUUACGCUCAUUAACUACUGAGGUGCUUCGCCAUGGCAGGAUUAUCACUACUUUUAACAAGGCUCGUCAGGCCAAGCCCAGGGUUGAAAGGAUUAUAAAGUACUCCAAGAAGGAGAAUAAAAGGCAUGCCCGUAUUUUAAUUAAUAGCUACUUGUAUGACCGACAGCUGACUGAGAACGUUUUGAAGCUUGCUCCCGAAAGAUUCAAGGAACGUCACGGUGGAUACUGCAGGAUAAAGCGGCUCAGUUCCUGCAAUGUUGGCGAUAACUCGAAUCGUGCAAUUUUGGAAUUAUUAGAGUAUUAA